UAAGCACUCCACCACUCUUCCUCCAUUUCUUGUCUUGUCUUCUUCCUCCAUCUCCAUCUCCAUCUCAACCCAUGGGAGCUAGAUUCAACACCGCCGGCGAUCACGACUCCCACAAUUCGCCGGAGAACAGCUCCGUCGCCGGCGGCGGUGGAGACUCGCCGCACUUCGCAGCCGCCGAUGUCAAAAUUGCUUCCACUUCCUCUUCCAGAAGAAGCAGACGAGCCCUACAGAAAAGGGUAGUGUCAGUACCUCUGAAAGACGUCGAAGGAUUGCGUCUGAAAGGCGAUCCGAUGAGCGCUCCGCCGUCCGAUUCCUGGGCAUGGAGAAAGUACGGCCAGAAACCCAUCAAGGGUUCUCCCUAUCCGAGAGGUUAUUACAGGUGCAGCAGCUCCAAGGGGUGCCCAGCAAGAAAGCAGGUCGAAAGGAGUAGAGACGACCCCACAAUGCUCGUAGUCACAUACUCUUGCGACCACAACCACCCUUGGCCGGCGUCCCGGAACAACCACCACAGAACCGCCAUCUCCGCCGCCGCAGCUCCAAACGUCGCCGUAUCGGAGGAGGAAGAAGAUGAAGAGGAGGAGGAGGAAGACGAAGCAAACCAGGCGGAGGAGCAAUUACAAGAAGAGAAGAAAUUACCUUCAGCAGCCAUUAAUAGUAACAAUAAUCAAUCUAAUCACGAACCAAAUCCAGAUUACAAAUUCAUGGAUGCUCCGAACGAAUUCGGAUGGUUCGGAGAUUUCGAAUCCCCAGGUUGUACUAUGCUCGACAGCCCCAUUUCCGCCGAGGACAAAACCGCCACGGACAACGAAAUGGCGAUGAUUUUCGCAAUGCCGGAAGAAGACGAGUCGCUAUUCGCCGAUCUCGGGGAGCUGCCGGAGUGCUCGACGGUGUUCCGCCGUGGACUCGCCGGACCGGAGCCGACCUUGGCCGCCGGCAUUCGAUGAUUCAGAGAACGGAUGGAUCUUCAUCAUCGUCCAUCGGACGGCUCUGAUUGAACGGAUUCCGCGACAUUAAUGUCAUCGUACGGACAAGAUUGCCUAGGAGGGAAAAAAAAGGUUUACACAUUUUUAUUAAUUUCUUGUGAUUUUAAUUAUAUUUUUAAUGCUAUGAUGAGUGUAGUGGUUAGCGAAUAAUUGAUUAAUUAAGAAGUUUUAUGUCACAAUGCUGUUUGUAAUUAUUAGACCACAUAAUUAAUCACCCUUGUUAUU